GUGCGGGGUUCUUUCUUCCUUGCGUCCUGUUUUGUCUGUUUUCCAGGGGUAGCUAUACAUACCCCGACACAUGCAUGUCUGGUUUUGAUUGUUAAGCAUAAGCAUAGAGGGGAGGGGAGAGAGUAGUAAUAAGGCAUGACGAAUCUAUGCUUAUCAAUGAUGGGAUGGGUUGGAAAUUGUACGAUGACUUGUUGAUGUCGAUUGGGAGUUAUUAUAAGAUCUCAAUGAGUUUCUGAUUCCCUCUCUCUUUCUCUGUUUAUUUCUUUAGAGGAAUUCGAUAUUUACACACACACACAGAGAGAGAGAGAGAGAUAUAUGUCUUUACGAAUCCUCGGCGCGUCACCAAUCUGCAGAAGUUUCAAGACCAAGGGGUUAACCGCAGCUAUUAAUAAGGUUAAUACCGACGCGAACACGAACAUCACCACCCCCCCACGUUUACCCCUCCAGUUCUCACGCUUCGCAUCCUCGCGGCCACAUUUUCAGACCGUUGCGAGAUCAUUCGUCGCUUCUGAUUUUCGGAGUGGUAGUUCGCGAAUUCAAUACGCGCAAAGGAGAAAUAUGUCGGCGGUUCCGCAGAAAAUGAAGGCGGUGGUGAUUGAGAAGACCGGGGGCGUGGAGGUUUUGGAUUAUAGAUCGGAUGUGCAGGUGCCGGUGCCGGGGGAGGGAGAGGUUUUGGUGAAGAAUGAGUUUGUGGGGGUCAAUUAUAUUGAUACCUAUUUCCGCACAGGUCUCUAUCCCUCUCCCAAACCCGAAAUCCUCGGCCGCGAAGCAGAAGGCACCGUCGUUUCUCUCGGUCCCUCCACAACCACAAAUCUCAAAGUCAAUGAUCGAGUAGUCUACAUGGGUACCUCGGCCUACGCUGAAUACACCGUUGUCCCCGCAGCAAAAGUGCACACUGUUCCCUCGGAAAUCGCCCCUGGUAUCGCCGCUGCAGCUUUUCUUCAAGGUCUCACAGCCCUGACUCUCAUUCGGGAAGCGUACCAUGUGCAACGCGAUGAUUGGAUUUUGGUUCAUGCUGCGGCGGGUGGUGUAGGUCUAUGGUUGUGUCAGCUGUUGAGAGUGGUAGGUGCGAAGGUUAUUGCGACGGCGAGUUCGGAGGAGAAAUUGAAGUUGGCGAAGGAGAAUGGGGCGUUGGUGGGGAUCAAUAAUAAGGAAGAGGAUAUUGUUAAGAGGGUACUUGAGAUUACUGGGGGAGAGGGUGUUCAUGCGACCUUUGAUAGUGUGGGGAAGGAUACUUUUGAUGGGGACUUAGAGGUGGUGAGAAGAAAGGGGACGGUGGUUAGUUUCGGUAAUGCUUCUGGAGCAGUACCUCCCUUUGCAAUUUCCAAACUAGCAGCAAAGAAUCUAAAGGUUCUUCGUCCAACACUUUUUGGAUACAUAGCUACCCGCGAAGAAUUUGAGAGAUACACGGCGGAACUCUUUGAUUUUAUUAUUAAGGAUAAGUUGAAUGUGAGGGUUCAUGGUAUAUAUCCUUUGGAGGAGAUAAGGAGGGCACAUACGGAUAUUGAGGGACGGGCGACGAUGGGCAAAUUAUUGUUGAAGGUUUAGGGGGAGAAAGAAUGGGUUGAUGGGAUGGUAUAUAUCUAUCUCAGACUAGACGAACGUUUAUGCAAGUAGUAAGAUUACAAUACUCAUGAGGCUUUCACAAGAAAAAUGGACGGGUUUAUUUUA